AUGGAACCACCUCGUCCACGCCCAAGUCUGCCACCUAGACCUGCGGCGACACCAGCUCCUCCACAACGGUUCCAGGCCGCUCAAGAUGCCGCCAACCAUGCGCCCGGAGGCCGUAAGUUCAAGCCGUUGGUCUACGCUCUCGGUAUUGCUGGCAUAGCUGGGUCGGGGGCCCUGAUCGGGGCAAUCCUGAAGAUGAGCGAGCAAGAGGAGACGGGAAAGGCCCGACACCAGCAGGCACAGACACAGCAGGGGCAACCAGUUCCGACAGACUACAGCAAGCCCAUUCAGACUCUUGAGACGAAGCGGGGACAUCUGAUGACGCAGAAGAUCCAGCUUGAGCGCAAAAUCCAAGACCUGCACAAGUCACAGCACGAAAAGGCCGAGGAAGAGCAGAUUAAGAAAGAGAUAGGAUUGAAGAGAUGA